CUCACCUGAAAUUCGCUGAACGUUGCAUCGUCCAUUGUUGUACUGAGUCUGCGCGUAACGUCGCCUUUAACUGUCAAGCUAGCCAGCGCGAGACUUUAAAACUGAUACACAAAAGGGAGUCUUUCUGUCAUGGCUGAGUCAUCUCCGCUCCGCAGUCUCCUACGGGACGACAGAUUGGAGCUCAACAAGAAUUUGGAGAGACUGAUAGAAAACGUUGAGAAUAUGUCAGUUCAGCUGACUUGGAUGGCUUAUGACAUGGUGACACUGCGGACCAUACCAGAGCUGGUGUCUUCAAUGCAGCAGCUGGAAGAAGCCUAUAAUAGAUGCAGAGCCGCUGUGUGGGGAGACCAGGAGCCAGAGCAAGAUCCUGCUCAGACUGCUUAAAUAUUUCCUCAUCAGACUUAUUUAAUCUACCAGAGUUCUCAGUUCAUAAGAGUAUUACACUGAAAGGGAGAGGCUUGUUGAUACAGUUUAUGAUGGAUACUGCAGUUUUGCUCACUCAUGUUCAAGGUACUUUUCACACUAUUACAAUGGUAUUUUAUGCAGACGCUAGGUUUUGGACCUCCUUGAGCUGCCUUUACAUUAACAAGUAUGUUUCUUUCAACUAAGAUUGUAAGCUUGUUGAUGGUUUGUUUACACAGGCUUGCCGUUUUCUUAGCAGUUUGUAAUGUGCCAGACCUGAUUUAUUGAAUAAACUUUGAAGUUACACAUGAAAA